ACUAGUGGAGUGAAAGCGUAUUGGGAGGGAUAACGAAUACACGCUCGACCACUGUGGGCAAAAAGACACCGCUGCUGCUGCUGCUGCCGCCGCCGCUGCUGCUACAGAUACACACCGCUCACUGACUGACGGGACCGGAGGGACUGCCUCGCGACAGUGAGGCGUAAAUGGCCAUUACAUUUCCUAAAAGAAAUACGCUGCUCGUGAGACAACCUGUGUACCAAAAGCGUCCUGGAAAUUAGGACGCUUAUUUGCUGUAUAUUAGAGCCCCUUUUCGCACAACGGAAGUUUCUGCAACCGAUAUUGGGGGGAUCUUAGAUUUAUAGACUGGAAACAUGGACGAGGACAACCAAGUACCUGAGGACCUGUCUUUGGAGGAAAGAGAUGAGCUGUCGAACAUACGACGCAGGAAAAAAGAGCUUCUGGAUGAUAUUGAACGGCUGAAGUUUGAGAUUGCAGAGGUAAUGACUGAGAUUGAGCAGCUAACCUGUGUAGGGGAGAGCAAAACCACGCAAAGAAACAAACAGAUCGCCAUGGGGAGGAAGAAAUUCAACAUGGACCCUAAAAAGGGGAUCCAGUUUCUUCUUGAGAACGAUCUUCUCCAGAACACCCCAGAGGACAUCGCACAGUUCCUCUACAAAGGCGAGGGUCUCAACAAAACAGUCAUCGGGGACUACUUAGGGGAACGGGAUGACUUUAACAUCAAGGUCCUCCAGGCGUUUGUGGAGCUUCAUGAGUUUGCAGACCUCAACCUUGUACAAGCCUUAAGGCAGUUUCUGUGGAGCUUCAGACUUCCUGGCGAAGCCCAGAAGAUUGAUCGUAUGAUGGAGGCGUUUGCCUCCAGGUACUGCCAAUGCAAUCUUGGUGUUUUCCAGUCCACAGACACCUGCUAUGUCCUAUCAUUUGCCAUCAUUAUGCUGAACACAAGCCUGCACAAUCCCAACGUCAGAGACAAGCCCCCCGUGGAGCGCUUUAUCUCCAUGAACAGAGGGAUCAAUGAGGGGGGAGACCUCCCAGAGGAGCUACUCAGGAAUCUAUAUGACAGCAUCAAGAGUGAACCCUUUAAGAUCCCAGAGGAUGAUGGGAAUGACCUGACGCACACAUUCUUCAACCCAGACAGAGAGGGCUGGCUGCUUAAAUUAGGGGGCCGAGUGAAAACCUGGAAGAGAAGGUGGUUCAUCCUGACUGACAACUGCCUCUACUACUUUGAAUACACAACAGACAAGGAGCCUCGUGGGAUCAUCCCGCUGGAGAAUCUCAGCAUCAGGGAGGUGGAGGAGCCCAGGAAACCUAACUGUUUUGAGCUCUAUAACCCCAAUCACAAGGGCCAGGUGAUCAAAGCCUGCAAAACAGAGGCAGAUGGUCGAGUUGUUGAGGGUAACCACGUUGUGUACAGGAUAUCAGCGCCCACGCCGGAAGAGAAAGAGGAGUGGAUUAAAUCCAUCAAGGCCAGCAUUAGCAGAGACCCCUUCUACGACAUGCUGGCCACCAGGAAGAGACGCAUCGCCAACAAGAAGUGAAGAGGGACAAUCUUCUCAACCUCCAGCUCCUCCAUCUUUCUCUCCUUCGGUUCAUGAACACAUAAACCAAACACACUGCGAAGCUGGUACACCACAGAAAAGUCCUUCAACCCCAGAAAAGACUUUGGCUAUGAAAAAAAAAGUUUCUUCCUUGGACGGUCUACAAGUCAUGUGCACUUGCUGGGGCUGAGACAUCACACACUACUGAGGGGACAGCAGACCUCCAGCUAACAGAUAUGUGGACUCUUGCAUUGAGCAGCACAUAAACAACCAAGUCAGCUUGUUUCUCAUCCAUCUCAUGCACACCCCCAUACCUCCCCCUCUCAUAGUCAUAACAUGUUUCUAGGUCUCCCUAAUGCACAACUGCCAUGUUUCAGGUGCACAUGCAUGCAUGUGGGUUAUUGUAGACCAAUCAAUUUGUUUGUGUGUGCAUGUUUGUGUAUGCGUGCGUGUGUGUGUUUGUGUGUAUGUGUGUGUGUGUGUGUGUGUGUGUGUGUGUGUGUGUUUGUAUGCAGCAGUGUGCAUGCUAUCAAUGCACCCAGGAUCUACAGUAUGUGUGCAUACAAGCGUUCCCUCCACUGUGCUUUAUGAAAGGUUAUUGUAAUUCAAUGUAGAGUUUAGAUGUAUUGUUGACUACAUGGGGAACGAUAUGUGAGAGUGAAUUAAGACAUUUGGAGGAUGAAAGGUGGGAAGAGGAGACAGAUGGAAACAUUUGGGAGGUGGUGGGUAGGUCAGUGCAGCAUAACCUCACGUGGACCAUGUGGUCUUCUCAUUCUGGUGCUGAUUCUUCUCUGUAGGUGCCAUAGCUGAAGCUUUGCUCACAGUAACCUCAGAAAACAGCGCUGGCUUACAUUUAGGUUCCUAACAAAGCAUUACAGUCUUGAGUCAGCUGGGCUGAUUUCAUUUAUUUGUGUGGAGCAGAGAAUUUUGAAAUGUGCAUACUUUUUUAUUUUAGUUGACUAGGAAAGGAGCUUUUGCCAAAGCUUGAAAUAAAAACUUUCUUUUUGGACGUAAAGUUGCAAUCCUUAAGAUUUCAGUCCUGGUUAAUUUGGCAACACAACCAUGAUUAAUGGUGGUAACUGCAAGUGUGCUGUUUAAUACUACAGCAAGCACUCCUUAAGCAGCCACUUUGUAAAAAAAUGCAACAGAACAGCAACUUUUGUAUCUUUUUACAGUGCAACCAAACAAAAUUAAGUUAGUCAAUAAUAAUUGCUAAUGUAAUGUGUAACUGUGUCAUCUGCAGCUAACAGUUCACGGUGGCUGCUCCUUCUUGUUUCGUUACUCUCUUCUAAAAAUAAAAAAUGAUCCGCUGAUGAAAAAAAUGCCCAAAAUCCACAGAAAAGUGUCAAUUUUAUGAAAACCUUAAGGAUUUUAACUUUAAAAAAUUGUCUGCUAGGUAGGUUUUAUUUAUGGCUGUGCAAUGGCCCAAUAGGGUACCAGUCCGAUUAAGCUUUUUUUCUUCUUGUCUAUGGCCUAGGUCAGUGAAGGUUGAUGUAUUGUUGUAAUCCUGUUUGCGUUUGGUUUGUAAUCCUAAACAAUCUUGCUUGCUUUUGUGUUCUUCUCUGAAAGUAUAUAAGUAUAACCAACCAACUUAUCAUUUUUGUAUUUAUUUUCAUUUGUGAAAUGGUUUAAUACUACCUGUAAAUGUUAUACAAUGUAUGCUUAAGUUAUGUAUGUAUAUAUAAUGUAUAGGUUUUCUGGUCUCUUUGUUGUAGUAUGCACACUCUGUGUAACAUGCUUGAGCCUACAGGCAGAUGUUUGCAUCAGCUGAAGUUUGGGGUCUUCUUUACAAAAGCCUUAAACAUAAUUAUAAGUAAACAUAUGAGGGUGAGGAUGAUGAUGAUGAUGAUGAUGAUGAUGAUGAUGAUGAUGAUAUUGGUCAAUAACUGUGCCGAUGCUCUUUAAAUAAGCCAUGACAAGUGAGAAGAUGGUUGUAUUAAUGAUGAUGAUAAAGAUUAUAGUGAAAAUGAUGUUUGUUGUUAAUGAUGAUGAUUAUAGUGAUGUAAUAUCAGUGUGAUGAUGAUACUAUCAUUAAUGAUGAUGUCAACAACUAUAAACAGCAGUAGUUUUCUAUGUGAUUGUAAAAUAAAAUGAAAGCCUUGUGGUCAGGGCAGAAUAUUAUCUUCUACUGCCCUAUGUGGGCUUAUAAUUACAUUAACUUUUUUAUUCUCUGUAAAAGCGGUCACGUUGUACAUUACGUGUAUCUAUAUAAAGUAUACAUAAAGCAUACAGCAGAUG